AUGGUUCGCAAUAACAGUACCCAAGAUAAUGUCUUCUUAAAUGAUGAGAAUUUUCAGCAACCUCCAAAUGAUGAUGAUCAUGAAUGGAAUGCAGAUAAUGAAGAAGAUACGGGUAGUGAUAGCUUAGUAAGUACAGACGAUGAAUAUAUGGAGGAUGAAAUUUUAUUAAGUGGUGAUGAGAAACUAAGUGAUGCAGGUUCUGAUAAGUCAAUUGCUGCAAUCACAACCAGUGAGAGUGAUGGUGAGUAUGAGUCAAUGAGAUCAUCUAAAAGAAAUGGUAAUUUUGACCCUUUCAAAGAAAUGGAAGUCGUUUCUUUUACUCGCACUGAUGACGGCGAUAUAAUUUUGAAAGAGAACCAGGUGUUUGAUGAUGUCUAUGAAUAUAGAAAGGUUCUUAGGGAUUAUGCAAUUAAAGGGGGAUAUUUGCUACAUUGGAAGGUGAAUGAUAAAAAUAGGGUAACAGUACUUUGCAAAGGGGAGGGAUGCCAAUGGAGGGUACAUGCCUCUGCUUUAUGUGAUAAGCAUACCUUCAUGAUAAAAACUUUGAUUGAUGAGCAUAGCUGCAUUAGACCCACUGAUAAUAAAAAUCCAAAUGCAAAUACAAAAUGGGUUACAAGCAAACUUCAUGAGAAACUAGCUGUGGAUGGGAACAUGAGCUAUGAUCUAAUGGAGAAAGAAAUGCAGCAGAAUUGGGGCAUUCAACCUCCCAAAUGGCAGUUGUACAAAGCAAGAAAUGCAGUAAAAGAAUCAGUAGAGGGAUCACACGCUGAGUCUUAUAAGUUCUUAAAGGUGUAUAUCAAAAAUUUAAUGAACAUUAAUCCUGGAACAUUUGUAAAGUUUGAGCAUUAUGAGAGACAAAAUAUGGAUGAACCAGGUCCAUAUGGAGGCUGUCUUCUUAAUGCUGUAGCUUUGGGUGGAAAUAGAGGAAUCCUGCCUAUAGCAAUUGCAAUUGUUGAAGGGGAGUGUUAUCAAAGCUGGGAGUUUUUUCUAGACUGUUUAAAACAAUGUAUUGGAGGAGAAGAUGAAGGCAAACACUAUACAUUCAUGUCAGAUAGACAAAAGGGGUUGAUUGAGGCAGUGUCCAACAUAUUUCCAACAGCUACACACAGAUAUUGUUGUAGACAUAUCUUCUCCAAUUUCAUCAAGCAAUUUCCUGAAAUUUCUCUAAGGCCGAAGUUUUGGAUGGCAGCACGAAGCACAACUGGAUUUUCAUUUUGGGCUGUAAUGAAAGAGAUACAGAAAAUUGAUAAUGGUAAGGCUAGUAAGUGGUUAUUAAAGGUAAAAUGCUAA